GGCGCUGAAAUGUCACGCAAGGAAAGAAAUGCGUGGUUUCUUUGUUGAGCUGUAAUGGGAUGUUCCAGCACAGUGCAUGUGCAUUUCCCCAGUCCGAGCUGUCGCUUUAAGACAAAGAUAGCUUUGUGUCUGAUUAAUUCAAUGUACGGCGACGCGUUAUCGGAGAAACCUUGUUAGACUUCCAGCUGCACAGAGAGAAAGAGGAAAGGAGAAAUACUGGACAGACCUGCGCGCUGAGGAGAACUGGGUUCACUUUUAAGUUAUUAUUAUCAUUAAACCGUGGGUGGUUUUUAAAAGAUGAAGACAUCUUGAGGAUUGGUUGCACACGUUUGGAGUAAAAAGUCUGCAUCAUCGCGCACGAAAGGAGGGAUUUUGCACCACCGGCUGGAGUUAAAACAUCCGAUCAAAAGGAGGAGGACAGAAGAUCUGAAGGCAUGUCGUCGGAAAAACACGGUCUCGAUGACUCUGGCCGUCAGACCAUGCAGCCUCCUCCGUACCUCCCUAGCCCACAAGACCCUAACGUACCCCAACACCCCAACAUGCAGCCUGCACCAGGCACCCAACCCAACUACCCUCCUCCACCUCCUCCUCCGGGCUCAGACGGAUACCUCCAAGAAACCCAGUUCCACUGCGGCCCGCUGGGACCCCAGGGGGCCCCGCAGGGCUACACAGUCCAGACCCAGGGCACAGUAGGCACCAUGGCUCACCCCCCUGUAGGAUACCUCCACCCGGGCUACCCGCUUCAGCUGCAACCCUGCACAGCUUACGUACCCGUCUACCCCAUGGCAUCGGGUCAACCCUACAUGCCAGCCGGGGGAGGUCACCCAGGGAUCCCACCGGGCCAGAUUCAUCCCAUGCAAAUGCCACCCAGCAUCACCCUAAUGGACCGUCGACCGCCACACGACUACCUGCCCAUCGCCGUGCUCACCACCGUCUGCUGCUUCUGGCCGACAGGCAUCAUUGCGAUCAUCAAAGCAGUGCAGGUGCGUACGGCGAUAGCCAGAGGGGACAUGGUGACAGCGGAAAUAGCCUCCCGCGAGGCGCGCAACUUCUCCUUCAUCAGCCUGGCUGUUGGCAUCGCCUCCAUUGUGCUGUGCACCAUCCUGACCGUGGUAGUCAUCAUCGCCUCGCAGCACCACGACGAUGACUGGGAGCCGUAACUCCACGCAGUGUCAGACAGAUGGGAAAUCAUGGCAUAUAUUAGCUAGCUAACUACUCUCAAUCGUUUGGAGGAAAUAGGAGCACUGAAAAUGCACACAAACUGCUACUGCAUUGCUGGCCCUCUGUGUACAGCUACACACACACAGCUCUGACCUAACCUGCUGCCAUCAAACUCACUAAGGCGACCAAAAACAACCAAUCACAGCUGAUGUUCAAAUGCCAAAUACAAGCAGCUGUCAAAUGAGGUCCAGUAUUGCUGUUAGCACAGCGGCCGCUUAAUAUUUACACUCAGAUAUGAGCUGCAAGAGGGAUACAAAGCUCCUAUCAUUAACAAUUCAUUUGAUGCUGAUUAAUUCAAACGGAUGAUGUAGUUAGAUGCGAGGAUAGGUCACUGUGUGUUUCAGUUUUACAUAUUCCAAUGACAAAAUCUACUAAAUGGGCCCACAAAGAGUCAAUUUUGGGAUAGUUAAAUGCACAUUUUAGUCUUACAAGUACAAGUAUACAUGUGUUUUCUUCUUUUAAAAAAAAAAAGGUGCCAUGUUGAAACAGUGUUGAUUUACAGAGCAGUAUUAUUGCUGAUACACUUGGAUAAGAGAUUGUAAAACAGAUUUAAAGUGUUAGAGGGGGGUGAUCAAUACACAUUUAACACACCAAAUGGAGACUGGACUGACUGACAGAGAGUCUAAUGUAACCAAACACAGAGUAUUUAUUUGAGAUGGGUUGUUUAUAUGUAACAUGGAUGAGACGAUACAUAACUUAUUAUAUGUUUUUUAAUUUAUUUAAAAUAUGUUAUUUAUUAAUUUAUUCAAUAUCUACCCAUGCAUUGACUUGACAGUAUAUCACUAGUUUAUUGCAGCUAUCUGACACUUUGAAAUUGGCUUAAAUUUGACAUCUGAUGAUGAUGAUGAUGUUGCACUUUGUAGUAACCAGAUAAAAUGACGCAGCUGCUUACAUUCAUAGUUCUUAUAGUGCAUGAUAAAUAUAAAUUUAAGCUAAAAUAGCUUGUCUCCCAGCUGUUGGUGGGAAUAUUUCCUAAAAUGUCUAGAAGUGUGUGGUACAAUAUUUUACAAUACAAGCUACUGUCAAAACAAAAAAAGGAGACAAUUUAUAUGAUAAGUAUUUGAAUCUUAGGUUUGCAAAUAUUGUUUUUUCGCAAGUAUUUUAGAAGUGUAUUGGGCUAUUUUGUGUUGCACAUCUCUUAGCUCUUUAAUCAAUCAUACAGUGUAUAUGAAACUUUAGUGCAACGUCACACUUAUGAGGCAACAUAACCCUGCAUGUCAUCCUCAGUUUGUUUCCAUUUGUCUUAAACAUCAGCUGUGAGCUCCUAUAAUGUUGUUUCACCGUUGUAACACGAGUCAGGGUUCACCCCCAUAUGAGUAUGGUUUCCAUAAUGUAGCGUAGCUCCGAGCAGCAUGUGUGCUGUUGUUUGUAAGAGCUGUAACAUUACAGUAUGAACUAUUAUGUGACGUUGCUGGAGUUAUGUGAGAGCCGAAAAUGAAUGUUUCCAAUAGGAGAGAGAGAAAAUAUUAAUGCCUAUACUGUAUUGUAGCACUUUCCGCACUAUGAAAUCUUUCCUCUGGUCCCCGUCCUCUCACUUUUUUUCUUUCUCCUGUCCACAUGAAUUAUUGCACCUAUUAAUAUAUCUCUUUCCUCUGUUGGUCCCUCUGAUGAUGCUAUUUUUUUUUAUUAUACAAAGAUAUUAAAAAUCAUGAAAAUUAUGUUAGCUGACAAUGAACACAAAUAGAGACAGUAUAAAUACAGUUUAUUCUGUAGUUUAUAUAUUAUUAUUAUUAUUUAUUGCAUUUGAUUAUCACUAAUAUUGAGUACAUUGAACACAUCUGGGCCCGUAUUUAUCAAACUUUCAAAAACUACACUUAAGAAUGCUCCUAAAAGCCAACUUAGUCCACAUUUAUCAAGUGACUUCCUCGUAUUUACUGCGAGUAACUUUUAAGAACAGCUCUCAAGUGAUCACUUGAUUAAUCAUGUGUAUGCUCAGAGCAGGAAUAGCCAAUCAGAAACAAGGAUUUACCGAACAACUGCCUUAUUGUUAAAUAAUCCUUACAUUUCACUCAGCAAUUAGUUUUUCUGCCAAAACAUGUGAUUUAAAAAAAAUUUAAGUUGAUUUUAUUUGUGUGAAAUCUGUAAUACCUCCAGUAACAAAAUGUUGUGCUUCGGAUAGCAUAUUAUUCAUCAUGAUGAAUGAUAUUUAGUACAAUUACUUCAAAACAUGUCUCAGACGGUGUGUGAUCACCCCUGUUUCUAUACUAACUUAAUUCUUUUAAAUUUAAGAUCAUUUUAAGUCAUUUCAAUAUUUCGAUAAAUAGCUUUUAUUCUUAAAGCAAGAUUUUGACAUUUUGGGAAAUAUGCUUAUUUGCUUUCUUGCUGAGAGAUAUAUGAGAAGAUUUAUACCACUUUUGUGUCUGUGCACUAAAUAUUAAGCUAGAACCGGGCGACAUUAGCUUAGCACAAAGACUGGAAAUGGGGGGGACAGCUAGCCUGGCUCUGUCCAAAAAUCCACCUCUCAGCACCUGCAAAUUGUAAUUUUUAUGAUUUUAUAUGUAUUUAAAAAGAAGAGAAAAAUUGUGUUAAUUAGGGGGCUUUAGAGGUGCUAGUAGGUAGAUUCUAUUACCUUUAGACAGCUAGGCUAGCUGUUUUCCCACUGUUGCUAAGCUAUGCUAGCCAGCUUCUGGCUGCAGCUUCAUAUUUACCGUACAGAUAUGAGAGUGGUAUCGAUCUUCACAUCAAACUCUCGGCAAGAAAGCAUAAAUAAGCAUAUUUCCCAAAAUGCAAAACCAUUUAUUUAAGUUGGUGAAAAAAAGUGAAGGAUUUUUACUUUUACACUUGAGCCCUAAAAUUCACUUUUAGCCGUUUGAUAAAUACAGGCCCUGUCCUUAUAUUGACACAGUGAUAUUUCAGUGUUAGAAGAAUACAUGAAGCACAGUGCUGUUUAGUAUUAGUAUUGUACAGAAGGAUCUGUCAUUGAGUGUGUUUCUACUGAAUAGAGUCACUCCUAGCAUAUCUAGCUUAUACGGCGCUAGGCUGCAUCUCCCUGUGUGCUUUCUGAUAGGACUCUUCUGUGCUCAGCAACAUGAAUCGUAGCUGUUUACUAAACAGCUUGGAGAUGUGUUCCUCAUUUUCUUUUCAUUUUUUUUGUUUUGUUUUUGAGCUUGUAAAUGCGAUGGGUUGCUUGUUCAAAGAGCCAAAAAUGACCUAUGUGUACAUGUGGUUCUCUUGGGGUUUAUUAUUAUAAUUAUGUUCAUGGCUGUGUUGCACAUGCAUUAGUUGUUUCUGACUUUGGUUGUUUGAGUAAUGAAUAAAAGAAUAAUUUUGGGACGUGAA